GACACUUCUGGAAUUCGUCCUCGUUGACGGCCGAUCCCUGGGCUCUUGGUCCCGUUUACAAUGCCUCGGUGGAUGGCACGGCUGCUGGCACAGAGCCAAUUACAACUGGCUUCUCCUUGGGCAGCCUCCGUGACAAGGUUAUGGUUGUUCAUGAUUCCUCGGGUGGGCGCGUGGCCUGCGCGACAUUCCAAACGCACCACGACGGGGGCUGCUAUUCUGAAGAGGAGUGGCGGCAUCAAGCGUGGCUGAACUUCUCCGGAGCCUUCGAGCGAUGCGGGCCGAGCGCUGUUUGCAUCUCCGGGCAUGAGAGAUGCCAGGAUGCCUGUUCAGCGGAUGUACAGUGUGAACAGUUUCCGCUGAGACUUUGCAGCAGCGACACUUUUCAGUGCGUGCACAAGCCACUCUUCGGCCAUCCGGUCGGAUCGGAUCUUGGCGCGGCUUUCCUUUUCUUCCUCAUCAGCGGCCUAGCUCUAAGCGCCGGGAUUGGCGGGGGCGGCCUGUAUGUGCCGCUGCUCAUGAUCAUCCUCGGCUUUCAGGUCCAUGAAGCCACCGCGAUCUCGCAGCCUUGCUUGGCAGGAGGUGCCGCCAGCGCUUUGAUCUACAAUGUCCGCCAGCGGCAUCCGUCCGGGCUCAAGCCCAUGAUCGACUACGACCUCGUGUUGAUCAUGGGCCCGAACUUGCUGGUGGGAGCCAUGGUCGGGAGUUUUCUGAACUUCGCGCUGCCCUCGUGGUUGAUUCUUGGGAUGUUGGUGGCCAUCCUCUCCCAUUCUGUUUUCAAAACUUUCAAGAAGGCCCUGGAGACGUUGCGAAAGGAGCGCGCGGGAGAAGUCCGUGGGCUGAAGCCGAACAGUGAUGCCCGACUCUCCAAGAACCCCAUCGAGCGCUGCCUGAAGUUCGUGGGACUGAGCAAGCGCUAUGCAGAGUUCGAGGACCCCGCAGCUUCGCUGCCCCCGGCCGUCGUCGGCCAUCGCACCGAAGUCGACGCAGGGCAGAUCAAGCUGGAUCUUCAGGACUCCCUGGAGAAGGAUCCUGAAGGUCAGAUCAUCGCCGCAAAGAUGACCCGGGAGCCGUCUCUGGACACAGCACAGACCCAGCAGAGUGCACAGAGCCAGCUCUCGGAGCCACAGUACCCGCGAAGCAAGCUCAUAGGCUUCCUCUUGAUGUGGGUGGUCUUGGUUUGCUCCAUCCUCUUCCGUGGCGGCCAUGCGGCUCCGGGCAUCGUGGAUGUAUGCUCGAGCAUGUACUGGGUCAUCGCUGCAGCCACUGCAGCGCAGCUCGUCAUCCUUAGCAUGUCCUCCUCCGCCAAUGCCAUUCGCAUGGAGGCUGAGCGAGGCCGCGGUGCCGGAAAAACCCAGGGAGCCCAAUACCCCUUAGUUAAGGAGGAUACCUUAAAUUAUAGGGGCCUUAAUAUUAUGAUUUAA